UUCAGAAAAAGUGGAGUCUGAAGUCUUCUUUAUUUUCCAAUUUCACCACCGAAAAUGAGCUCAAGUGGGGAAGAAGAAGAGACAGGGCCUAAUGUAGACUCUAAUGACCCUGAAGAGCGUGUUGCCGCUAGGCGUUCCCGAAUAACAAGGCGGAUAGAAGCAGAAAAAAGAGCUGCACUUGGUGAUGAAGAAAAAGAUAAAAAAGAGGUGAAGGAAUUGAGCAGGAGUCGCAAACAGAUCGAAGAGAGUCGCUCAAGACUAACAAAACUUAAAAGCGAUGGAACGGAACUUGUCACCAAUAUCCGCGUGGCCGGGGAUGCUCGUGAAGCAGCACGCCGGAUCGAGGAGGAAGAGAUUCGGCGACAGAGGAAGGAGAAGCUUGAGGCGGAGGCGAAGGCUGGUUCCGAAAGAUUUGAGGAGAUCACGAAGAAGUGGGAGUCGGCCCUUCAGAAAGAUAUCCCGCAGGAUUUGCAUGAGAUGUUGAUGCAGCAGAAGGCUCAAUGCGAUGGCAUGAUUGACGAAAAGAACAAACUCAUCAACGAAUUUCAAACAGAAUUGAAACAAAAAGACGACCAGUAUGUAAAAGAUUUGAAGAAACAGGCUGAGGAUGUCGACCUGAUGAUCGAAAGGAUGGAAGAACAGAUGAAGCAACUCAUGAAGGCUUAUAGAGAGGAACUAAAUCAGAUUGAGAAAGCAUUUCUGACGGAGAGGACUGAACUGAUUGACGGCAAUAGCAAAAAGUGGGAGCAGAUGAUGCAGGCUCGCCGAGACAAAGAGGUAGAGUAUCUGCAGACGCGGGAAAAACGUGUUGACGAUUACGAGCAGCAGCUGCAGCAUCUUCGGAUACAAGACGCCGAAGAGUACAACAUGGUCAAGAUUAAACUGGAAACUGAUGUUCAGAUUCUUGAGCAGCAACUGCAGCAGAUGAGAGCCACCUAUCAGCUAAAUCAGGAAAAACUAGAAUAUAAUUUCCAAGUUUUGAAGAAACGGGAUGAGGAGAACACAAUCACAAAGUCGCAGCAGAAACGGAAAAUCACACGUCUGCAGGACGUCAUGAAUAACUUGAAAAUCAAAUUAGGGAAGCAAGAAAAGCAAUACAAGGAUGAGAAUUCCACGCUGAUGGAGGACUAUAAAAGAAUAACGGAGCAGUUCCGCGAACUGCAGAAGAAGUCUAAGCACUUUAUGGCGACGGACGCGAGGAAAUUCCACGACGUCUGGUUGAUGAACGAGGCAGAGGCUAAGGACCUUGUGAUGAAAGUGUUGGAGGAGGAUCGUAUCAUCAAUGAACAUCAGCUUGGUCUGCCUUGGGGUAGUCCAGAUGUCCAAUUCUUGGAGAACACUGGACCAAUCAUCAGCGAGGCCAGCAAGCGGAAGGCCGUGUCAGCCAAUCAGGUCAUACAGGAAGUUCUCUCACAGACAAGUCAUCACGAAAAGGCGGACAUGAGCAAAGAGGACGACCAGAGUAUGGCGAUGGCUGACACCGUUAAGAGCGAGAUCCUGACCAAGAUAUCCGCCAGGACAAUCAAGUCGAUUCUGGAGCUGAUCUGUGACGAGUCUGGAUUCCUUGUCGAGGCCAAACUGAAGAAACUGCUGCAUCCACUUGACAGGGAGGAGCAGUCGCUAAUGAGGCUGGACGCUAUAUUCGCUGCACUAGGCGUUGACACCGAGGACGACAUCCACAAAUUAGUCCAGUACUUCCUCCUGCUGAUCCCAAACUUGGGGAAGUCGGCCCAGUCGAUGAGGAAGUCCUCCCAGCAACCGGGAGAAGAAGACCACCUGGACUUGGGAGAGAGUCAGCGGUCAGUCCGAUCGCACCUGAGUACCAAGAUGUCGGCGUUAGAGGGAACGCGGAGAGAGAGUUUACAGGUUGGCGACACUCAAGAGGGCGAAGAGGACCCUUUGUCAGACAUGGACGAACACGAGAUGUUAGAUAUUGACAUGGAGGGCGCCACUCCACGAUCGAUGAAGAGUGAAGCGACGGAGUUGAUACAUCCUAAUGAGGUCGUGAGGGCGCUGAGAGCAUUCGUUGAGGACAACAAAAAACCUGUCAGAGAUCAUAAGAAAUCGGUCGCGUUCAAAAUCGCGAGUGGCGAGGAGAGGGACGACUCCGAGGACACAGCAUACUGGUAUAAUUACAUGGCGCUCUUGCCGCCGAAACGGGAAGAACUUUGGGACGCCCUGUUAGAAGGAUUAGAAAAAUACAGCGAAACAUUGACCUCACGUUCCACGCUCAUCACCGAGACCGACGCCCUCCGACAGCAGAAUGCAGAACUACGCAUGCUCCUCCAUCAGUACAUCAACUCGAAAGUCAACGCGGAACUUGAAAUCCCGCCAACGCGAGUCUUACAGUUAGAACUUAACCAAAUGAACUAAAUACAUGAAUAUUAGUUCUAGAGUACUGAGUAAUCAAAUUUCUCCAACUUGAACCAGGAUUCUGGACAUUGGUUGCAUAGACAACCCUGGUUCAUUGUUAUUUGCAUAAAACGAAAAACUAAAUUUGCCAUGCCUUGUUUAAUAUCCGUCCACAUUUUAGGGAAACAUUCAUUCCAUUUGUUUUAUUCUUUUAAAUGAAUAAAUGUAAGUGCUUUUAUAGCACUUUUGUACAAUAUUCUCAAAGCGCUUUACAUUUCUUCCCCAAUUUAAUUUGAAAUCUUUCAGUGGAACUCAGAUGAGCUGCUAAAUCAGUGCUACAACCGGAGCAUUUCUGACCGGUACCCAUGUAUAGACCUGGGUGGAGUAAGGCAACGAGACCUGCCUUGAGUCUCACCCAACAGUGACGAUCGAACCAGGAUCUAACUGCUUGUUAGGGACCCGAGCCACUACUCCACUGCGGCUCAAUUGCAUGAGAAGAGAAGAAUUUUGACCAAUAAUCACCGUUUUUGAGCAUUUUUGUUUCUUCAAAGUUUUAAAAAACGGUGAAAGAUCUAUAGAAACUGUGUUCUUUUUGAUGAACAUUCUUCAGUGUAAAUGAACAUUCUUCAGUGUAAAUAUUUGUAAGAUACAUGUACAUGUAAAUGUAUGUAAUUUGAAUGAAGAUAUUUAUAUCUUAAGCUGUGAUAAUAAACUAUUUGUUAAAGGAA